CUCACGCGCUGGUACGCGUCUCGUUCUGACGUACGUUUCAUUUUGCUUCAAGAUGGCGAUGCACCUGUUUCAGUACUAGUGACCAGUUUGGUUCCCUCCGCGAUUUAACUAAUUACAACGGUUUAAAUCGAGUAGAACUUGUUUUAAGGGCUGACUCCGUCCACUAUGUCCACGGAGGAGCUGUCAGCCUCCGACAGCGAGCCCGCGCUGGCAGGCACCGGUGAGCGCUGGGCGCCGGUGGGCGCAGUGUCUAACCCCGAGGAGGAGCGCGCUGUCGGCGGCCAACCGAGGCAGGGAGGCUCGGUCGUCGGAGCAGACCCGGACGAAGAAAUGGCGGGGCGGCUGAGGAAGCUGGAGGACGAGCAGGAAUUGCUCAACUCGUCGCUGCUCGCCCUGACGUCGCAUUUUGCCCAGGUGCAGUUCCGACUCAAGCAGAUCGUCCACGCGCAGAGCGACGAGAAGGAGAAGAUGCUCACUGAGCUGGAGGAGUUCGCCUUCCGGGGAUGCCCCCAUGUGGUGGGGUGCGGACCCCGGGGCGCCGGGCACCUCCACAACACGAGCGAGCGGGAGAAACGGGAGCGUCUGGAAGCUCAGCGAGAGAAGCAAAAAGAUUUGAUCUUCCAGCUAAAGACUCAGCUGGACGAUCUGGAGCACUUUGCCUACCAGGAGGGAAGCUACGACUCGCUGCCGCAGUCCGUCGUCAUGGAGCGCCAGAAGGUCAUAAUCGACGAACUGAUCAAAAAGUUGGACGUCAACCUGAACGAGGACAUCGGCGACUUGUCGCCCGAGGAGCUGCGGCGGCGCGUGGACGCCGCCAUCGCGCAGAUCGUUAACCCGGCGCGGGUCAAGGAGCAGCUGGUAGAGCAGCUCAAGACGCAGAUUCGAGAUCUGGAGAUGUUCAUCAACUUCAUUCAGGAUGAGGUGGGCAACCCUCUGCUGUCUGACGGCGUGCGCAGCCAGCAGCCUCUUGCGGCUUCCGCUGAGGCCAGGGGUCGCGGAGGGAAGCGGCCAGUGGACCCGGCGCAGGCGCAAAGGAUGCGCGAGACGGGCCUGCAGUUGAUCCAGAAGGCGCUGACGGUGCUUCAGAUGUUCGCCGCCAGCCAAUUCGGCUGUUCGGUCGGCCAGACGCCGUCGGCCUGGCCCCAGGAGUCGGAGCAGCGCGACUACGGUCCCCUCCUCCGUCGUCUAGAGGCCACCGUGGACAAGGUCCGUGUGCUGGGCUCGCGUCGCCAGUCGGGCCCGGACCACGUGGUCCACUACGGCGGGAGCCUGGCGGCAGGGCCGCGCGACGAGCUUACAGCGUGCGUCCGUAAGGAGCUGGCCCCAGUUCUCAAGGACUUGCUGGCUCACGGCCUGGUAUCGCCGUCCCAGACGGUCAGCCUGGUUCUGGCGCCAAUCUCCUGCUUGCUACCCCGGCAGAGCGCCGGCCCUCAGACGGCGCACCCCUGGGAGCUCUUCGUCAAGUACUACCACUGCAAAAACGGCAAAGCUUUUGCCGAGUCGCCCGCCCGUCAGCUGUCGCAGUCUUUCGGCCUGCCGGUCGGGGGCAACCAGGUCGGCGUCACGCCUAAACAGUCGCUCUUGUGGGCCGUCCACACGGUCCUGAAGGAACAUGGCCGCUACAAGCGGGGCCCCGACACGGAGUUCAAGGCGCUGGUGUGUAUGGCCCUCAAUGAGCAGCGGCUGGUGUCGUGGCUCAACCUGCUGUGCAAGACGGGCUCGCUGGUGCAUCCCCACUACCUGUCCUGGAGCUAUAUGGCGCAAACCGGCUUCGAGGGCGCGCUCCGCAUCCUGGGGCGCAUCAGCCACCUCAAGUUCGACCUACCCGUUGACUUGGCUGUGCGCCAGCUCAAGAACAUCAAGGACGCCUUUUGACCACACGAUAAUUCCAGACCGUGACAUCACAGGGGUGGACAACAAUGUAACACUUUUUGCUUCAUUCAUGCAUUUCUUUUUCCUAAAAAGGGUCCAUUUACUUACCAUAUUUUUCGGACUAUAAGUCGCACCUGAGUAUAAGUCGCACCAGCCAAAAAAUGUGCAAUGGAGAGGAAUAAAACAUAUUUCAGUCGCACUGGAGUAUAAGUUGCAUUUUGAGGGGAAAUUUACUUGAUAAAAUCCGACACCAAGAACAGACAUGUCAUAUUGAAAGGCCACCUAGCCCUUAGCCCACGAUUAGCUUUUAGCCCACGAUUAGCUUUUUUUUAUUUUCUUUAUUUCAGUAAGAGUAACCUCAUUUUGCAAGUCCCUUACAAGUUUGUCGCUAACUCCAAACUUUCUUUCUGCUGCUCGACGCUGUUUUUCAAAUGCAUAUUCCACUAGUUGCAGCUUGUUAUCUGCAGAAUAUGAUUUUCUUUUCAGAGUCAUUUUGUCCAGCCCUUCUAAGUUGUUUUUAUUUGUUUUUAUAAGUUACCGCCAAUGUUGAAACACAGGCCUUGAGCGCCUCUUGCGGUUUAGUGUGAAAAUAGCAUGUGAAAUGAUAUAAUAAUGUGUUAAUAAUUUCACACAUAAGUCGCUCCAGAGUAUAAAUCGCACCCCCAGCCAAACUAUAAAAAAAAAAACUGCGACAUAUAGUCCGUUAUUCAUCAUUUCAUUUUUUAAAUCAAUGUAUCCCAUUACAUAAUUGACAUAUUAUAAAUAAAAUUCAAACAUGUAUCACAUACUUUUAAAAAUGUAUCUACUUGAUCAAAUCAAAUAAUAGAUGAGUUAUAAUGAAAUGAGGUAUCAAGACAUGAUUUGAUCAUAAACACAUCAACAGUACUGCACUGUAAUUAGACAAAAGUACAAUAAAUCUUAGUAUGUGCCCAUUUAACAAAUUUCGAUACAUUUUAAUACAUUAAAAUGAAUAAUUAUUAAAUGAUAACCAUAAAUGUAAUUUGAAAGUAUAUAAAUACACGUUUAUGAAUGAAGCACAUACAUAAAAAAACUAGAAGUAGCAGAGCACUCAGUGCAGACCUCUGACUAAACAGCCAAAUUCAAAGCGUUGCCCUAUUUCUGACCUCUGCGACCUUUGACACUUUCUUUCAUCAUAUCACCUGCACUUUAAAUUGAGUUAAAUAAGCUAAUCCGUUAAUAAAUUGUCACAAAAUUAAUUUUCGCUGCCAUUUUAUUAAAUGUUAGAUUACAAUUAAAACAAUGUGACAUUUAUUCAUGCAUUUUAAGCUUUUUAAGAACUCCAGUAGCAAAUGAGUAGGUCCACCUAAGCCUUAAGAAAAUGCAACAUGGUCCCUUGAGUCCAAAAGUUGGCCCACCCCUGUGAUAACAUCCUCAACAUUCCAAGAGAGUAAGAAUGUGACUACCUGAGUCAAAUCUGGAGACAAAUCCAAAGAUGAUGCAGUAAAUGGACUUUGAUUCAUUGAGACCAUUCUAUUGUAGGAAAAUGUGACUUGUUGUGGCAAGUAUUUAUUUCCCUUGAAUGCAAACACAAUAGCUGCGAUGAAAGUGCUACCUACUCGCCUGCAUAAUGUUUCAAAGUGCUUACAACAAUACCAGCGACAUUUAAGACUUGUAUUUGCCCUGUCAACUUAUUAUUUAUGUACAGAAGAAUUUAUUUAUUGGAGAGCAUGUUUUAGUUGAAGCAGAAAAGAUCCAUACGCUUGUAAGCUUGGCUGAAUCGCAUUAAUUUUUUUUUUUACUUUAUCCCGAACACAAAUAUUUAUAUUAAGGUAUUUAUGUAGUAUUUUUUUCCUCAUAUUCCAAUAAUGUUUCAUGCAGAGGAGCAGUGAGCAGAAUAAAAUGUGAUGAACUAUU